AACAUGGAGGAGUCACCUGCCGAGGACCGGAGGCUGCUCUUCAUCGCCGACUUCGUGCUGAAGUCCCUCAAAGUCAAGCAGGACAAGUGGCAGAAAUGUGUCUCCGGCGAGGAGAACCGCCAGGUGCUGCAGGACUUCCUGGACAGAGCCGAGCGGCGGAGCCUCGUGGUGGGUUUGACCGGCGGCGGGACGCUCCAGGCCGCCGCCGGUUUCUCCGCCGCGCCGCCCAGAACCAAGGCUGUGUACUUCGUGAAGCGGGGAAACAGCGCGCUCACCGCGGAGACCAUGAGGGACAAGUUGACCUGCGGAGACAUGUCCUCCAACCCGCUGGAGCACUUCUCCGCCAUAGUUGAGCUGCUGGUGCCGCUGCUCUCUAACAGGAGCAACCACACUGAAUGGCCACAGGUAGUGUCUGAGGAGGUCGUGCGCAACGUCCACUCCCUCAAGAACGAUGUGUUUGUGGUGUCAGGCCAAGUCCAAGGCAAGACACUGCUGCCUCUCCCCAUGGACUUCGAGAGAGUGGAGCAAGCCGCCCUGGAGAUGGGCAAAAGGGGGGGAAUGGUGGAAAGAUGCAUCAUCCACUCCUUGGAGUCAGCCGUGAUUGAGUGGAGCCGUCAGAUCUCUGCCGUCCUGAAGAUAGACUCCUCUGGGGAUCUGCUGGAAGGCAAAAACCCCACACCUGACACAGAGCUGCUCUUCUGGAAGAACAGAUAUGCAGAUUUGGAGGGUAUCCAUUCCCAGUUAACAUCCUCUGAAGUGAAUAAGAUGGGGAAGCUGUUGGAGGCUGCGGAGAGCAGCUAUUUCCCUGCUUUUACAAACAUGCAACAGAACGUUUCUGCAGCCUUGGAAGAAGCAAAGGACAUCAGCAUCUACUUGAUGCCCCUCAAGGGCCUGUUUGAGGACAUGGAGAGCAUGGAGUUUCCUGAAGUCAGACGUCAGAUUGGCCCUUUGAUGCACACAGUGUGCCUGGUGUGGGCAAACUCCAGACACUACAACACACCACAACGCCUCAUCCUUCUGUUGCAGGAGACCUGCAACCUCCUCAUACAGCAGGCCCAGGUGUUUCUAGUUCCAGAUGAGAUUCUGAAAGGAGAGGUCUCUGAGAGUCUCCUGACAGUGCAGACUUGCCUGGAGAUCCUGCAGCUCUUCAGGACCACUUACGAGGACCGCAGGGUCAAUCUGACCGAGUACCAGAGGGCCGGGAAAUUGGUUAAGCCUUGGGACUUUUCUCCGCUUUUGGUCUUCUCAAGAUUUGACUGCUUUAUCGACAGAAUCCAGGCCAUUAAGGACAUCCUGUUAACAGCUUUAGACAUGUUAAAGCUGGAGAAAUUGGUGAUUGGAGCUGUCAGAGGCAGCGCACUCAGCCAGCAGGUCCAGCUGCUCCACCAAGAGUUUGCAGAAAUUUACAAAUUCAUCACAGAGAAGCCCUAUGACUGCUUGGACCUGAACAAUACGGAGUUUGAAGAAGAUGUGAGGAAGUUCAAUCUGAGGGUGGAUGACAUAGAGCGACGACUAGGAACCAUCUUCUGUUUGGCUUUCGAUGAUGCCUCCGGACUGGAGCCCACCUUCAAGGUUGUGGAUAUGUUUGGUAGCUUGCUGGAACGCCCCCUAGUGGCAGCCGAUGCUCUGAGCCGAUACCCUCUCCUUGUCACUGUGUUUGAGAAGGAGCUGAACAGCUGUAAACUCAUCUAUGACAAACACAUCCAGCUUACAGAGGAGCUUGGUUCGCCUGUCGUGAGUAAGAAUAUGCCUCCAGUAGCUGGCGGGCUGAGAUGGGCCCAGAGUCUACAGAACCGCAUCCAGACCCAGUUCUCCAAAUUCAGACAACUCUCCUGCCCGUGUCUGGAGUCUGCGGAAGGAGCCAAGGUCAUCGACAAGUAUGAGGAGAUGAUGCAACUGUUGGACAAAUACUCCACCAGUCUGUAUGAGACAUGGACAGAGACCGUGAGCGAGAGCUCCCAGUACAACCUGAACCUGCCGUUAAUCAGCAGAGACCCGGCCACUCAGCUGAUCUCAGUCAACUUCAGCCCGCAGCUGGCGUCUCUACUGCGGGAGGUGAAGUACUUGGAGGCCAGUCAGACUGUGGCCAUCCCUGAAACUGCAAUGCAGAUCUACACCACCAGGGGGCAGCUGCAGCAGUAUGUUGCCAACCUGGAGCUCACCAUUGGCGCAUACAACAAGGUGAUGCACUCUGUGCUCGACGUGGAACAUCCUCUGGUGCUGGGCCAACUCAGGGACAUCGACGCUCAGCUCCAAAACGCUGAGGAGAGUCUGAACUGGAACAGCCAAGGUAUUUGGCAGUAUAUCCAGGAAGUGCGAGACUCCGUCUGUGACCUGGAGAGCCAACUCCAGAGAACCAAAGACAAUGUAGAGGAGAUCCAAAGCUGCAUGAGGUCCUGGGCCACCCCUAUGUUCAACAGGAAGGAGGACAAAAAAGAUGCACUGCUCAAUCUGGAGGACAGGGCUGAGAGGGUGGAAAGGAUUUACGGUCUGAUCCGGUCCUCAGGAGAAAAGAUUCACUUCCUGCUUAAGAGCAAUCUGGAGCUGUUCAGAGCUGAGCCAUCUUCUGAGGAGUGGAAGGCCUAUGUUGAGUACAUCGACGACAUGGUCAUAGACGGAUUCUUCAACAGUAUCAAAAACUCUCUCAAGUUCUUCCUGGAUAACACAGACCAGAGAACUGCAGGGGCCCCUCUUUUUGAGACUGAGCUGAGCCUGAAGAUCCCUGACAUGGUGUUCUCUCCCUCUCUGGAGUCUGGAGCUGGGGACGGUUUCUUUGAGUUGGUGGAAAGCCUCAUCAAGGAUGUGUUCAGAAUUUCCUCACUGGUGCCACGCCUCGCCCAGCACAUCCCCUUCCCCCACUACCAGGCUGACAUGGAGGACAUGGCUGACCUGGCUGACAUGCGUCAAGUCCUUUUGGAACGUGUGCAGGGCGUCAUGGAAACGUGCUGUGAGUUUCGCAGCUCUCUGCACCACUACAGCUUCCUGUACGUGGAUGAUAGGAGGGAGUUAAUGCGUCAGUUCCUCCAGUACGGCCACUUUCUCACCAGCGAAGAGAUGGAGGUUGAUGGUGAUGAUGAAGUCCCAGAAAGCCCGCCAGCACUGGAUGGCUUCAAGGAGGAGAUAAACAAGUAUGAGAAGAUCUACGAAGAGGUGCACGGUCUGGAGGCAGUGCAUGUGUUCCAUGGGUGGAUGAAGGUGGAUGGCCGCAUCAUGAAGAGUGCCUUGCUCAACAUCAUCAAAAAGUGGAGCUUCAUAUUCAAACAGCACCUAAUUGACAAUGUAACCAACAGCCUGUCAGACCUGGAACAGUUUAUCUGCGUGACUAAGGUUGGCCUGGGCCAACAAGUGAAGGAGGGUGACUACGAUGGCCUGGUGGACAUCAUGGGUCACCUGUUGGCUAUAAAAGAAAGACAAAAAGCCACAGACGCCAUGUUUGAGCCCCUGCAGGAAACCAUCACUCUGCUGAAGGUGUAUGAGCAGGAGCUGCCUGAUGUGGUCUACAAACAGUUAGAGGAGUUGCCAGAAAAGUGGAACAAUGUGAGAAAGCAGACGGUGUCGGCCAAACAGCAAGUGGCGCCUUUGCAGGCCACUGAGGUGUCUAGCCUGCGAAGCAAAUGUGCUUCAUUUGAUGUGGAGCAGCACACCUUCAGGGAGGACUUUCGCAGAAAUGGGCCUUUCAGGUUUGACAACAAGAUCCCCUUCCAGAUGUUGGACGCCUUCCACCGGCAGAUCCAGGAGCGGGAAGCUGUGAUGGCGUCUCUAGUGAAGUCUGCCAACCUGUUUGAGGUCAACGUUUCAGAGUUCAAACAGCUCCGACAAUGCAGGCGUGAGGUGGGCAUGCUGAAGGAGCUGUGGGACAUGAUCACCACAGUGGAGUUUAGCAUCGCUGCGUGGAGGACAACUCUGUGGAGAGAGGUCCAGGUGGAGGACAUGGAGCUGGAGUGCAAACGCUUCUCUAAAGAUAUACGGGGCCUAGAUAAAGAGGUUAGAGCGUGGGACGCCUUCACGGGGCUCGACAGCAGGGUGAAAAACCUCCUUAUCUCCCUCCGGGCUGUGGCGGAGCUCCAGAACCCAGCCAUACGACUCCGCCACUGGCAUCAGCUGAUGGCCGCCACUGGAGUCCGCUUCACCAUGGACGAGGAUACCACUCUGGCCGACCUGCUGCAGCUCGACCUGCACUGCUUUGAAGAGGAUGUGAGAGGAAUCGUGGAUAAGGCUGUUAAAGAGAUGGGGAUGGAGAAAGUCCUCGCCGAGCUCAACACCACAUGGACAGGUAUGCAGUUCCAGUACGAGCCCCACCAACGCACCCAGGUGCCUCUGCUGCGUACGGACGAGGAGCUCAUCGAGACGCUGGAGGACAACCAGGUCCAGCUGCAGAACCUCAUGACGUCCAAGUACAUUGGGCACUUCCUGGAAGAGGUGUCGUCGUGGCAGACCAAACUGUCUAUCGCCGACUCCGUCAUCUCCAUCUGGUUCGAGGUGCAGCGGACGUGGACCCAUCUAGAGAGCAUCUUCAUUGGCUCUGACGACAUACGCAAACAGCUGCCUGAGGACUCCAAGCGCUUCGAUGGAAUUGACACCAGUUUCAAAGAGCUGGCAAACGCAUUGCAUCAAACUCCCAACGUAGUGGAGGCCACCAAUAAACCAGGGCUGUUUGCUACACUUGAGGACAUGCAGAGCAGACUAUCUCUCUGUGAAAAGGCUCUGGCAGAAUACCUGGACACCAAGCGUCUGGCCUUCCCGAGAUUCUACUUCGUCUCGUCAGCUGAUCUGCUGGACAUCCUGUCUAACGGGACCAACCCACACCAGGUCCAAAGGCAUCUGUCUAAGCUGUUCGACAACAUGGCUAAGAUGCAAUUUGAAGAGGAUGGAGAAGGGAAGCCUACUAAGAUUGCACUGGGCAUGUACAGCAGAGAGGACGAGUACGUCCCCUUUAAUCAGCCCUGUGACUGCACUGGACAGGUGGAGGUGUGGUUGAACCGGGUGAUGGACUCCAUGCGCAACACAGUUCGCCAUGAGAUGACUGAGGCAGUGAUCGCCUACGAGGAGAAACCCAGAGAGCAGUGGCUGUUUGAUUAUCCAGCUCAGGUGGCGUUGACCUGCUCUCAGAUCUGGUGGACGUCUGACAUCGGUAUGGCUUUCAUCCGGCUGGAGGAGGGCUAUGAAAACGCCAUGAAGGAGUACUUCAAGAAACAGGUGACCCAGCUCAACACCCUCAUCUCCAUGCUGGUUGGCCAGCUCACGCCGGGCGAUCGGCAGAAGGUGAUGACCAUCUGCACUAUAGACGUCCACGCCCGAGACGUGGUGGCCAAGAUGAUCUUACAGAAGGUGGACAAUUCUCAGGCGUUUGUGUGGCUCUCCCAGCUGAGACACUGUUGGGGCGAGAAGGAGGGGCAUUGUUUUGUCAACAUCUGUGAUGCCAACUUUACCUACUCGUAUGAAUACCUGGGCAACACUCCACGACUAGUCAUCACUCCUCUGACGGACAGAUGCUACAUCACCCUGACCCAGUCCCUGCACUUGACCAUGAGUGGCGCUCCAGCAGGUCCCGCUGGCACAGGCAAGACUGAGACGACCAAAGAUCUGGGCCGAGCUCUGGGCAUCAUGGUCUACGUAUUCAACUGCUCCGAGCAGAUGGACUACAAGUCCUGUGGGAGCAUCUACAAAGGCCUGGCUCAGACGGGGGCGUGGGGCUGCUUUGACGAGUUUAACAGGAUCUCAGUGGAGGUGCUGUCCGUGGUGGCCGUACAGGUCAAGAGUAUCCAGGAUGCCAUUCGCGAUAAGAAGAAGAGAUUUAACUUCAUGGGAGAGGACGUGAAUCUUUGCCCGACUGUCGGCAUCUUCAUCACAAUGAAUCCCGGCUACGCUGGCAGGACUGAGCUUCCUGAGAACCUGAAGGCUCUGUUCAGACCUUGUGCCAUGGUGGUGCCAGACUUCGAGCUGAUCUGUGAAAUCAUGCUGGUGGCUGAGGGCUUUCUUGACGCCCGGGUCCUGGCCAGGAAGUUCAUCACGCUCUACACACUGUGUAAAGAGCUGUUGUCCAAACAGGACCACUAUGACUGGGGCCUACGAGCCAUUAAGUCAGUGCUGGUGGUGGCCGGCUCCCUGAAGAGAGGAGACCCCGACAGAGCGGAGGACCAGGUGCUGAUGCGAGCGCUGAGGGACUUCAACAUCCCCAAGAUUGUGACAGACGACAUGCCAGUGUUCAUGGGGCUGAUCGGAGAUCUGUUUCCUGCCCUGGACGUGCCCAGGAAGAGAGAUCUGGACUUUGAGAAGCACGUGAAGGACUCCAUCCUGGACUUGAAGUUACAGGCUGAGGACAAUUUUGUACUCAAGGUGGUGCAGCUGGAGGAGCUGCUGGCUGUGCGCCACUCUGUGUUUGUGAUCGGGAACACCGGCACAGGGAAGAGUAAGGUGCUGAGGUCACUCCAGAGGACCUAUCAGAACAUGAAGCGCAGACCCAUGUGGACCGACCUCAACCCAAAGGCUGUGACCAAUGACGAGCUUUUCGGGAUCAUCAACCCAGCCACCAGAGAGUGGAAAGAUGGCCUUUUCUCCAACAUAUUGCGUGACCUGUCGAAUGUCACUCACAGCGGGCCUAAGUGGAUCGUCCUGGAUGGAGACAUUGACCCAAUGUGGAUUGAGUCCCUCAACACAGUCAUGGAUGACAACAAGGUGCUGACUCUGGCCAGUAACGAGCGGAUCCCUCUCAACCCCACCAUGAGGCUGGUGUUCGAGAUCAGCCACCUCCGCACUGCUACUCCUGCCACGGUGUCCAGAGCAGGCAUCCUGUACAUAAACCCAGCAGACCUUGGCUGGAACCCCCCCGUAUCCAGCUGGAUUGACAAGAGGCCGGUCCAAUCAGAGAAGGCCAACCUGACCAUACUGUUCGACAAGUACCUUCCCUCUUGCCUGGACGUCCUCAGAACGAGGUUCAAGAAAAUCAUCCCUAUCCCUGAGCAGAGUAUGGUCCAGAUGCUGUGCUACUUGCUGGAGUGUCUGCUGACUCCUGAAAACACCCCACCAGACUGUGCCAAGGAACUUUACGAGCUCUAUUUUGUCUUUGCUGCGGUCUGGGCCUUUGGGGGAGCCAUGUUCCAGGACCAGCUGGUCGACUACAGAGUGGAGUUCAGCAAGUGGUGGGUGACUGAGUUCAAAACCAUCAAGUUCCCAUCCCAUGGAACUGUGUUGGAUUACUACAUCGACCCCGAGAGCAAGAAGUUUGAACCCUGGUCCAAAAUGGUGCCCACGUUUGAGAUGGACGCAGAUACACCACUUCAGGCAUGCUUGGUCCACACGACAGAGACCAUUCGAGUCCGUUACUUCAUGGACCGCCUCCUGGAGCACCGUCGGCCCGUCAUGUUGGUGGGGAAUGCUGGGACCGGGAAGUCUGUUCUGGUUGGGGACAAACUGGGAUCGUUGGACGCAGAGAAAUACAUGAUUAAAAAUGCGCCCUUCAACUACUACACUACAUCUGCUAUGCUCCAAGCGGUGCUGGAAAAGCCCCUGGAGAAGAAAGCAGGGCGUAACUACGGACCUCCAGGCAGCAGAAGGCUCAUCUACUUCAUAGAUGACAUGAACAUGCCUGAGGUGGACGCAUAUGGCACCGUGCAGCCUCACACAAUCAUACGCCAACACAUGGACUAUAAUCACUGGUAUGACCGUACUAAACUGCUUUUGAAGGAAAUAAACAACGUUCAAUACGUGUCCUGCAUGAACCCCACAGCUGGCAGCUUCACCAUCAAUCCACGACUGCAGCGGCACUUCUCAGUCUUUGCCCUGUCAUUUCCCGGACCCGAGGCCCUGAGCACCAUCUACACCUCCAUCCUGUCUCAUCACCUGAAAGGACCGGGCUUCACCGGCCUGCAGAAGAGCUGCCCCACCCUGGUCCAGUUAGCCCUGGCCCUGCACCAGAGCAUCUCCUGCACCUUCCUGCCCACCGCAGUCAAGUUCCACUACAUCUUCAACCUGAGAGAUCUCUCCAACAUCUUCCAGGGCAUUCUCUUCUGUACCAGCGAGUGUCUGAAAGCCCCUCCGGACCUGCUGAAAAUCUACCUGCACGAGAGCAACCGGGUCUACAGAGACAAGCUGGUGGAGGAGCAUGACUUCGAGGUCUUUGAUAAGCUGCAGGUGGACACAGUGAAAAAGUUCUACGAGGACAUGGACGAGACUCUGGCGGAGGCCAAGGAGAUGAACCUGUACUGCCACUUUGCCAGUGGGCUGGGGGAGCCCAAGUACCUGGCUGCAGAGUCCUGGAGCAGCCUCAACAAAACCCUGCUGGAGGUGCUGGACAGCUACAAUGAGGUCAAUGCCACCCUAAACCUGGUGCUGUUUGAGGAUGCCAUGGCUCACAUCUGCCGCAUAAACCGAAUCCUGGAGUCUCCACGGGGGAAUGCGCUGCUGGUCGGAGUGGGCGGCAGUGGCAAGCAGAGUCUGACCCGACUGGCUGCCUUCAUCUCCAAUCUGGAGUUUUUCCAGAUCACCUUGAAGAAAGGCUACGGCAUCCCUGACCUGAAGUGUGACCUGGCAGCCCUUUACAUGAAAGCUGGCGUGAAGAAUAUUGGCACCGUGUUCCUAAUGACUGAUGCCCAAGUGGCAGACGAGAAGUUCCUGGUUCUGGUCAACGAUCUGCUGGCAUCAGGAGAGAUUCCUGACCUGUUCCCAGACGACGAGGUGGAGAACAUCAUUAGCUGCGUGAGGCCAGAGGUCCGCGCCUCCGGAUUGAUGGAUACGAGGGAAAACUGCUGGAAGUUCUUCAUCGACCGCGUUCGCAGACAACUCAAGGUGGCUCUGUGUUUCUCUCCAGUGGGUAAUAAACUGAGGGUUCGCGGCAGGAAGUUCCCCGCAGUGGUGAACUGCACGGCGAUCGACUGGUUCCACGAGUGGCCACAGGAGGCGCUGGAGUCGGUCAGCUUCAAGUUCCUACAGGAAGUGGAAAAUAUUGAGCCUGAAGUGAAGGACUCAGUCAGUAAAUUCAUGGCGUACGUGCACACGAGCGUGAAUCAUACAUCCAAGGAGUACCUGUCCAAUGAGCGGCGCUACAACUACACCACGCCCAAGUCUUUCCUGGAGCAGAUCAAUCUGUACCGCAGCCUGCUGGGUCAGAAGAGUAAACUCCUCACCAACAACAUGGAGAGGCUGGAGAACGGCCUGCAGAAGCUCAACAGCACCUCAGCUCAGGUGGACGACCUCAAGGCCAAGCUGGCUGCCCAAGAAGUGGAACUCAAGCAGAAGAACGAGGACGCUGACAAGCUGAUUCAGGUGGUCGGUGUAGAAACCGAGAAGGUGUCCAAGGAGAAAGCAAUAGCUGAUGAGGAAGAGGAAAAGGUGGCAGCCAUUGCUGUGGUGGUCAGCGGCACACAGAGAGACUGUGAGGAGGACUUGGCCAAAGCAGAACCAGCUCUCCUAGCUGCUCAGGAAGCCCUUAACACUCUUAAUAAGAACAACUUGACAGAGCUGAAGUCGUUCGGCUCUCCAGUGGACGCUGUGACGAAUGUCACUGCAGCCGUCAUGGUCCUGAUGGCGCCUCGUGGCAAAGUCCCCAAGGACCGCAGCUGGAAGGCUGCGAAGGUGAUGAUGGCCAAGGUGGACGCGUUCCUGCUCGCGCUCAUACACUUCGACAAAGAGAACGUCCCAGAUACUUGCCUUAAAGCUAUUCAGCCCUACCUCAAGGACCCAGAGUUCCAACCAGAUCUGGUGGCUUCCAAGUCGAAUGCAGCGGCGGGUCUGUGCUCCUGGGUUAUAAACAUCGUCAAGUUCUACGAGGUUUUCUGCGAGGUGGAGCCCAAGCGUAAGGCGCUGAGCGAGGCCAACGCAGAGCUGGCUGCUGCACAGCACAAGCUCGCUGCCAUCAAGACCAAGAUCGAUCUCCUUAAUGCCAACCUGGGGAAGCUGACAGCCAAGUUUGAGAAAGCCACUGCAGACAAGCUCAAGUGCCAACAGGAUGCAGAAUCAACCGCUCUGACCAUUUCUUUGGCCAACCGUCUGGUGGGAGGUCUGGUGUCGGAGAAUGUUCGCUGGGCGGAGGCCGUCGAAGACUUCAAGAAACAGGAGAGGACUUUGUGCGGGGAUGUCCUCAUCAUCACUGCCUUCAUCUCCUACCUGGGAUACUUCACCAAACAUUACAGACUGCAUCUCAUGGACAACAUGUGGAGGUCUUACUUCAGCCAGCUGAAGGUUCCCAUCCCGGUGACCCCUGACCUGGACCCUCUGACCAUGCUGACUGAUAGCGCUGACAUCGCCAUAUGGCAAAACGAGGGCCUGCCUGCUGACAGGAUGUCCACUGAGAACGCAACCAUUCUCACCACCUGCCAGCGCUGGCCCCUCAUGGUGGACCCCCAGCUGCAGGGCAUCAAGUGGAUCAAAAACAAAUAUGGGGAGGACCUGCGUGUCGUCCGCAUCGGACAGAAAGGAUACCUGGAUGCCAUGGAAAGAGCACUGGCAGCAGGUGACGCGGUUCUGAUAGAGAACUUGGAGGAAACAAUGGAUCCUGUUCUUGGACCUCUGUUGGGCAGAGAAACCAUCAAGAAGGGCAGGUACAUAAAGAUCGGAGACAAGGAGUGCGAGUACAACCCUAAUUUCCGCCUCAUCCUGCACACCAAGCUUGCCAGCCCUCAUUACCAGCCGGAGCUGCAGGCCCAGUGCACACUGAUAAAUUUCACAGUGACCAGAGACGGUCUGGAGGACCAGCUGCUCGCCGCGGUGGUCAGCAUGGAGAGACCUGACCUGGAAGAGCUGAAGUCUGACCUGACGAAGCAGCAGAACAGCUUCAAGAUCACCCUGAAGACGCUAGAGGACAACCUGCUGUCGCGUUUGUCCGCCGCUUCAGGAGAUUUCCUGGGCGACACAGAACUGGUGGAAAACCUGGAGACAACGAAACGAUCCGCCGAGAUCGAAGAAAAGGUGAAAGAAGCCAAGGUGACAGAGGCCAAAAUCGAUGAGGCUCGGGAGCACUACCGACCAGCAGCAGCACGGGCUUCCUUAUUGUACUUCAUAAUGAACGACCUCAAUAAAAUCCACCCCAUGUACCAGUUCUCUCUCAAGGCGUUCAGCGUGGUCUUCGAGAAAGCGGUCCUGAAGGCCGAGCAGGACGACGUUCUGAGCCAGCGGGUGUCCAACCUAAUUGACAGCAUCACCUCCUCAGUGUUCCAGUACACCACCAGGGGCCUGUUUGAGUGUGACAAGCUCACGUACAUAGCUCAGCUCGCUUUCCAGAUCCUUCUGAUGGAUAAAGAAAUAAACCCUGUAGAGCUGGACUUCCUUCUGAGAUACCCCGUCCAACCAGGUGUAACAUCACCAGUGGAUUUCUUUUCCAACCACUCCUGGGGAGGGAUCAAGGCCCUGUGCUGCUUGGAAGAGUUCAGAAACCUGGAUCAAGACAUCGUGUUCGCCAAACGCUGGAGGAAGUUCGUGGAGGGCGAGUGUCCUGAAAAAGAAAUUCCCCAGGAGUGGAAGAACAAAAACUCGCUUCAGAGGCUAUGCAUGAUGAGGGCUCUGAGGCCUGACCGCAUGACUGACGCCGUCAGAGAUUUUGUCGAGGAGAAACUGGGAAACAAGUACGUGAUUGGCAGAUCCCUGGACUUCGCCAUCUCCUUUGAAGAGUCUGGUCCAGCUACGCCCAUGUUCUUCAUCCUCUCUCCUGGAGUUGACCCUUUGAAGGAUGUGGAGAAACAUGGGAAGAAGCUGGGCUUCACAUUUGACAACAAGAACUUCCAUAAUGUUUCUCUGGGUCAAGGCCAGGAGGUCGUUGCUGAACAAGCCCUCACUUUGGCAGCUGAGAAUGGCCAUUGGGUCAUAUUACAGAACAUCCACUUGGUGGCUAGCUGGCUGGGUUCGUUAGAGAAAAUUCUGGAGCAGCACGCAGAGGGAAGCCACGAGGACUUCAGGGUGUUUGUUAGUGCUGAACCCUCCUCCACCCCCGAGGGCCACAUCAUCCCACAGGGCAUCCUGGAGAACUCCAUCAAGAUCACCAAUGAACCACCUACAGGCAUGCAUGCCAACCUGCACAAGGCUCUAGACAACUUCAACCAGGACACGCUGGAAAUGUGCGCACAGGAGUUCGAGUUCAAGAGUAUUUUAUUUGCUGUGUGCUACUUCCAUGCGGUCGUGGCAGAGAGGAGGAAGUUUGGUCCUCAAGGCUGGAACAGAUCAUACCCCUUUAACGUCGGCGACCUCACCAUUUCUAUCAACGUCCUCUAUAACUACCUGGAGGCCAAUCCGAAGGUGCCGUUUGAUGACCUGCGCUACCUGUUCGGUGAGAUCAUGUACGGAGGUCACAUCACAGACGACUGGGACCGCCGUCUGUGUCGCACCUACCUGGGAGAGUAUAUCAAGCCUGAGAUGAUGGAGGGAGAGCUGUGCCUCGCGCCUGGCUUCCCAUUGCCUGGAAACAUGGACUAUAACAACUACCACCAGUACAUUGAUGACACCCUACCUGCUGAGUCGCCCUACCUGUACGGCCUCCAUCCCAACGCUGAGAUCGGCUUCCUUACUCAAAGUUCAGAGAAGCUUUUCCGCACUGUGCUGGAGAUGCAGCCCAGAGACGGGGGGGCUGGUGAGGGCGGCGGGAUGACGCGUGAGGAGAAGGUGCGUGUGGUGUUAGAGGAGAUCAUGGAGAGACUCCCGGAGGAUUUCAACAUGACCGAGCUGCUGGAGAAAGCCGAGGAGAGGACUCCCUACCAGGUGGUGGCGCUGCAGGAGUGUGAGCGCAUGAACUUUCUUACGCAGGAGAUCAGAUGCUCCCUUCAUGAGCUCAACCUAGGACUGAAGGGAGAGUUAACCAUGACCAGUGAAAUGGAGAACCUUCAGAACGCCAUCUUCCUGGACACGGUGCCUGACAACUGGACCAAGCGGGCGUAUCCCUCAAUGUCCAGCCUGGCCCUGUGGUUCACUGACCUGUUAGUCAGGAUCAAGGAGCUUGAACACUGGUCCAAUGACUUCGCCUUACCCGCUGUAGUGUGGCUAGCUGGCUUCUUCAACCCCCAGUCCUUCCUCACAGCCAUCAUGCAGGCUACGGCUCGAAGGAAUGAGUGGCCUCUGGACCGGAUGUGUCUGCAGUGUGACGUCACCAAGAAGCAUCGUGAGGACUUCAGCUCCGCGCCUCGUGAAGGGGCGUAUGUACACGGGCUGUACAUGGAGGGCGCACGCUGGGACACACAGACCGGCAUGAUUGUGGAUGCCCGCCUGAAAGAGCUCACCCCAGCCAUGCCAGUCAUGUUCAUCAGAGCCAUCCUAGUGGACAAACAGGAGAGCCGGAACAUCUACCAGUGCCCUGUCUACAAAACCCGUCAGAGGGGACCUACGUACGUGUGGACCUUCAACCUGAAGACCAAAGAGCCGCCCUCCAAGUGGACCUUAGCUGGAGUGGCCUUGCUUCUGCAGAUCUAGCAGAGUUAUCUAUAUAUAUAUAUAUAUAUAUAUAUAUAUAUUACAUUACAUUGAACAGAUGUAAUAAAGUUACUAAUUGAAAUUCAUGAAGUCAACAUUUUAGGCCGACAUUUCUUUUUAAUGGAACUAACAAACUAGAACUGCUCUCAGUAGAGCACUCACCUCAGACAAGGUCCAGCAGUCCCCUUACAUUAAAACAAGCCUUAUGGCUCAGACCACAUCAUGUUUCUCAGCUACACAUUGAUACUUACUGGUUUCCAGUCUUAUUUGUUACCAUACACUGGCUGAAAAAAGCCUGCACCCUUAAUGGAACUACAUUCAAAUCCACAAGAAUCACAUUUAGGGGGGGACAUCUAAGAAGUCAUUGAUAUAUUUUUUAUAAAGCUUCAAACAUAAUUUGCUAAGAAAACAACAAAAAUGUUGAAAACCUCAUAUCUGUCACUGUUAAAGAAAGUGAACAUCCCUGAUGGAUAUAUCAUGUGAUUAUUAAAGUGCAUCUAAUCUCUGCGUCUCUUUGGCCAAAUGUAUUUCUGGUGUCAUGUGCAAAGGCAGCAAUUGUCUCCAUCCACAGAAAGUGACACGUCUCAUGUCCAGAGUGAAACCUUAAUAACAGCAGUGAGUGAGCAUCACUCAAGUCCCACAGAAAG